CGUUUGGGAACGUCUUUCCGGUUUUGAAGUCUGUUUGUGCGUUUCGUCUUCCGGAAGUCACACUUCAGAGUUGAGACUCUUCUAACAGCGCUUUAGGGACGCUUUAGUGGAUUUAGAACAAAAACCUCGCUGAUGUUUAUUAGGACAUAUCCGGCGGGCUGUGUCUCAUUUCACCAUAGAGGACUCGUUCCAAAUCUAAUCGCUGCUCUGUAAUACUGAUGGACACACACAGGGGUCUCUGGGUUGAGAAGUGAGCGAUGCCUCUGUUCCGGCAGGCUGAGGUCGCCCCCGAGAGGGAGAGAGAGGAGGAUGGAGAGAUGGGCAGAGAGAGGAUGAAGAAGAAGAAGAGUCUCCAGCAUGGGUGUGAAGAGGAAGAGGAGGACGAGCCUUUAUCACUGAGGCGUCUCUGUGUCUUAAGUCUGGCGGAGAACAUGAAGGACGUGUGGACGCAGGAUUACGCUCACAACUACAUGGAUCACUACUUCUUCCGCUACGUCAUGGGGCCCUUCAGCCUUCUGCCAGGAGAUCUGAUCGAGGAGCUGCUGUGUGUCCUGUCUAACAGGAAGCUCGUGUCUCGUGCCGCGCUGCAUCUCCUCCUACUGCCGCAACUACACACACUCUCACUGUCCCACUCCUGUAACCUCGUCACUGCCAACCUGUGCAGCCUGAUCACUGUGCGCUGUCAGUCUCUGAAGAGUUUAGACCUGAGUGGAGCGCAGAACGUCUCCUCCGCUACUUUGUGUUCCCUCUUAAGCGACUUGUCCUCCCUUCACUCUCUCUCCCUGGCUGGAACUCUGAGUGACCGUGCCGUAAUUGCUACGGUGGCCCAUCGGUGCUCGCUGCUUCAGCACCUUGACGUUUCUCGGUGCCUCCAGCUGCCUCCUGGUGCCCUUCUGCCCCUGGCGCUGCGAGGACCUAAACGUCUUAGCAGCGUGCUGGCUCUGGACAUCGGAUUGGGAGAGGACGAGGAAGAUGGCUUGGCUUCAGCUGCCUUCCUUCUGCUGGGUGUCUCUGGUCUGCACCGGCUUGCCAUCGAGGGUCUCGGACUCGCCUGCGUGAUGAUCCAGAAUCGGGAUUUCUCCCUAACUGAUCGCUUUACCACUCGGGAGGGUGUGAAUUGUCUUCAGGAAUUAUGGGAUGCCAGAGUUAAGGACAACAAUGAGGAUGUGGCUCUGGAGGAGAAAAUGGACAGAUCCUCAAGUUUACAUGAAGACAAGAGAAAAGAUGAACCGAGCCAGAAGUUUACGUUACGUCUCCGCGAGGUUCAGGGUUUGACCCUGGACAGCCUGGACGCCGUCAGCGAUUUGUGCCCUGAUCUUCGCUCUGUAUCUCUAAACUGCCAUGAUGACGAUGAUGAUGAUGAUCAUGAAGGUUUCUCCAAGAGCAUGCGUUUGACUCGUGGUUUGGCUCGGUGGUCAGGUCAGCUGCACUUCCUCUCACUGCGGUUCUCCGGCCCCCUGUAUGAACUGGUUCCUCCUUUGCAGGUUUCCGGGUCUUGUCUCCGCUCCCUCACUCUGGAGGGGGUCCAAGCCGACGGGAACCUAAAUCUCAUUGCACUGCUCCGUGCCUGCCCUGAACUCACCGCACUUACAUUUCACAUCGACCCUCCGCGGUCCAACCAGGAGGAAGACGACGACGAAGAUGAAGAUAUUGAAGACUGGGAUUUACCGUGUCUACCACACCUCCGCACUUUAACACUAAUCUUCUCCUUGGAAGAGAGACAGUUGAAGCCUGUGCUGUGCUGGACGUCCCUGAAGGGGGUGCUCUGGUCCGUGCUGAGAGGCUCCCUUCAUCUCCACACGCUGUCUCUGAUCGCUGCUCCGUGUCGCCUAGACCCCGUGUUCCGUCUGGUCCUGGACCGGCACGCCCAACCUCUCCGGCGUCUCCGACAUGCCAACCUGCAGCGCUCCACCGUCACCAUGGAGACGGCGACACGACUCGUGGCCUCCUGUCCCCGCCUGAGCACUCUGGAUGUCAGCGGCUGCUGGUCUCUGAGUCGGAGCAACGUCACUAAAUUGCAGAGCCGAGUCAGGAGGAGGCACCGCAAACUCCACAUCGUGUGGACGUGAGGCCGUGAAAUAAAAUGUCGCCGGUUGUUUCUACCUCGCCACGAGAGUUUACACGACAACAAGUUGUCUUUUUAUCGAUGCAGUUCCGUUCAUGCAGUAAAACACUAUCGUUCUUCACAUGUGUAUUUAAAGUGUGAGAUCUGUGCACUUUUGACCUAAAACACGAAAUGAUGAUUUUAAAAA